AUGCAGUCGAAUGUCAUAUUGCUUAGUUGCUUGAAUUACAAAUUUCGUCGGAAUUAUCCGUCGAUUUUCAAGCAGCGCUGGACUGAUCAUAUUCUGAAAUGGAAUCCAGAAAAUUAUUCACAAAUUCAAGAAGUUCGUGUUCCAUACAAGCAUAUUUGGACACCAGAUAUUGUAUUAUAUAACUACGCCGAUGAACGAUUAAAAGAAAUGCGUGAUGCUAUGGUUAUCGUACAACACACUGGAGAAUUAACCUGGAUUCCACCUGCAAUUUUUAAAUCUUCAUGUAAAAUAGACAUAAAAUCGUUUCCAUUUGAUGAACAAACAUGUCAUUUGAAAUUUGGAUCUUGGACAUAUGAUGGAAACAAAUUAGAUGUUUCUUUUAUUAAUAAUGAAGCACAAGUUUUGUUAAGUGAUUAUACAGAGAGUAAUGAAUGGGAAGUAAUUGCACGUCCAGCUUUAAGGAAUGUAAAAUCAUAUCCUUGUUGUCCAGAAUUUUAUCCUGAUUUAACUUUCUUUCUAUUCCUAAGAAGAAAUGCUGCAUUCUUUUCAUACAUUUUGGUUCUACCAUGUGUGUUACUGGCAUCAUUGACACUUGUCAUUUUCUGGUUACCUCCAGAAUCACCUGCAAAGAUGGUUCUUGGAAUGAACAUAUUUGUGGCCUUCUUUUUAUUGUUGUUAUUACUGGCUGAUUCUACACCACAAGCCUCAAACAGUGUUCCUUAUAUUGGUUAUUACUACUGUUUGAACAUGAUUCUGAUCACAUUAUCUUCUUUUCUCUCUGUAUUUGUGAUUAAUCUGUACUUUCGUGGUGAUAAACGAAAUAGAGUGCCACAGUGCUUGAGAAGGUUAUGUCACAUACUGAAUGGUGUUUGUGAUGGUAAAUGCAGCUGUAAAGAAGGUGAUCAUAAUACACCUAUGGAUGUUGUUGUUAGUAAUUCAAAUUCUACAACAGUCAAUCAAAAUAAAAACGAUUAUUCAUCACAAAUGGUACAAAUGAAGUCAGCAUUAGUUAAUUCAAAUAAUGAACAACAAGAUAUAACAAGUUAUACUGGAUCUGUUAUCGGAAUGAAGCGUUCUAAAAAGGGUAAAGCACGUUUUGCUAUGGUACAAGAGAAUAAUGGAUUAAAAAGUUUAAUUGUAGAUAAUUAUGAUUAUGAUACUGAUACUACUGAACAUAAACGAUAUCGACCAAAUCAGCGUCAUUGUGAAACACAAACUGAAGCGGAUAACUUUAAUAAAGAAUUAAAUUCACAACAGCUUAUAGGAUCAUGUCAAUGUCAUUCAAAAUUAUCAAAAAUACGAAGUCGUUCAUUAACUCCAUCAAAAUUUAAUGAUUGUGAUAUAUUAGGUAAUUCUCAACAACCUUGUACAUGUUGUCAAUAUUAUUAUCGAUCAUAUGCACCAGCAACUCAGUGUACUGUUUGUACUCCAUUACCAGUUAUAAAUACUUCCACAAAUUCAAGAAUAUUAAAUCCAAAAAUACAAAGUUCAAAACAUGGAAAACAUCCUGAAAAUUGUAAUGUUUGUAAACAACAUCUUAAUGCAUUAAUGUUUAAAACACAUCCUAAUGAUUAUUUUUCUAUAAAUCGUCAUUCAAUGACUAAUUCAUCUAUACCAUUUGAUAGUAAUUCACUAUGUUCACAUAUUAGAUAUGAAUAUCGUAAUGGUAGACCUGCACUUAUAUCACCACAUGGACGUAAUUAUUUAAAUGCUAAUGAAUUAACUAGUAAUCAUACAAAUUUACAAUUAAAAUCAUCUACAUUAGUUAAAACUACAUCAUAUUUAUCUAAUAAUAAUAAUAAUCCAUUAAUUACUAAUUCAACUAUAACAAAUAUGAAUUCAGAUAAAACAACAAUACAACAUAUACAAUUAUCAUCAACAUUAUUAAUAUUAAUGAAAAAUAUAGAAAAUGAAGUAAAUGAUAUACGUUCAAUUGUGAAAUUAUUUUUAUCAAGAAUCGAUAAAAAAGAUACAGAAAAUAUUAUUAUUAAAGAAUGGCGUAUGAUAGCUAUUGUUAUGGAUAGAAUAUUUUUUAUAUGUUAUUUAAUUAUACAUUUAUGUGCAGCAUUUGGUUUAUUAAUACCACGUUCAUCUGAAUAUAAUGUUGUAGAAUUUUUACGAGAAUAUCGAUUAAAAAAUUAUAAUUCAACAUUUUUUGAAAAUGAAACAAUUACAAUAAAUAAUUAUCAAAUGAAAACAACUGAAUUACCUAAUAAUAAUAAUCAAUUUAUUGAUACAAUAGAAAUCAAUAAACAAUUAAAUAACUUAGAUACUAAAAAAUCAAUAAAUUUAGAUAUAAUAAAUAAUGAAAAAACUACUUUAAUGAAUGAAAAUAAACAUAAAUAUGAUAUUACAAAUUCAUUAGAUAAUAUAAAUAAUUAUUUAUCACCUUAUCAACGAUUAGUUGAUCAACAAUCAAAUAUAUUGAAACAAUAUACAGAAGAAAAUAUUAUUGAUAAUGAUCUCAUUUUAAGUAAAUCAAAUCAAUUAAAAAAAAGAAAUAAUGAUCAUGAAUUCAAAAAUUCUAAUUGA